ACUAAAGGGUUGGUCGUCGUUUGCAGAGGUGGAAUAGCCAUGGCUGGGUUGGGUUCCUCAAGCUCGGAGAUGGAUCUCGACCGCCUCAACAUCGAGGAGUACCUCACCGUGGAAUCGAUCCGGGAGUCCCCCAGGAAGCUCCAUUUGAGGGACCUUCUCGACAUUUCCCCUACGCUUAAAGAAGCUGCCGGUGCCAUUGUUGAUGACUCCUUCACCCGCUGCUUUAAAUCAAAUCCUCCAGAACCCUGGAAUUGGAAUGUCUAUUUGUUCCCUCUAUGGUGCUUGGGAGUAGUUAUUAGAUAUGGGAUUCUUUUUCCAUUAAGAGUUACAAUCUUGGCUGCAGGAUGGAUAGUAUUUUUCUCAGCCUUUUUGCCGGUGCAUUUCCUUUUAGGAGAUCAUAAUAAGUUGCGGCAAAAAGUAGAGAGGAAACUGGUUGAGAUGAUAUGCAGUGUGUUUGUUGCCUCAUGGACAGGAGUGAUCAAAUACCAUGGUCCUCGUCCCAGCAUACGACCUCAACAGGUAUUUGUUGCCAACCACACUUCUAUGAUUGACUUCAUCAUCUUAGAACAAAUGACAGCAUUUGCUGUUAUCAUGCAAAAACAUCCUGGUUGGGUUGGAUUUAUCCAGAAGACCAUUUUAGAAAGUGUAGGCUGUAUUUGGUUUAACCGUACAGAAUCCAAGGACCGUGAAAUUGUUGCCAGAAAGUUAAGAGAACAUACACAAGGAGUUGACAAGAAUCCUGUUCUGAUAUUUCCUGAAGGAACUUGUGUAAACAAUCAUUACACUGUUAUGUUCAAGAAGGGUGCUUUUGAACUUGGUUGUGCUGUUUGCCCUGUAGCAAUCAAGUACAACAAGAUUUUUGUGGAUGCUUUCUGGAACAGUAAAAAACAAUCUUUUACAAUGCACUUAGUACAGCUUAUGACAUCAUGGGCUGUAGUUUGUGAUGUAUGGUACCUGGAACCUCAGUAUAUAAGAUCUGGAGAGACACCUAUUGAGUUUGCUGAAAGGGUUCGAGACAUGAUCUCUGUUCGGGCUGGUCUUAAAAAGGUCCCUUGGGAUGGUUAUUUGAAAUACUUCCGCCCCAGUCCCAAGCUUAUAGAACGGAAGCAACAAAUCUUUGCAGAGUCAGUCUUGCAGCGAUUGGAGGAAAAAUGAAAAGCUUUCUUUGUUUCUCUCCGAGCUUCUAUAUUGAGGCUUUCUUCUCUGGUAGAUUUCAAAUUUCAUCAGAUACAAGCAAGUAGUAUCUUUGAAUGGAGCUUAUUUGAGAGGGCCGGCAUUUAGUAUUCUGAAUAAUAUAAAAGGGAAUCAUGACCUUGUGAUAGCCGCUGUUAUUGGUUGGUAUGAUUUAGGGAAUCAUCCAUCAGUUUUGUUUUAAAUCUGGGUUUGCAGGAGUCCUAUUGCCUUCGGAGUCUUUGCUUAAAUUUUCAAGUCAAAAAUCUGAUGCCAGGUUGUGUAAAUCUGAUUUCCUUUAAAGUCUGUGCUGAACUGAUCUGCUUGUAAAUUGUUCAGACUCCUACAUUACAAACUUGGUUGACAGAGCUCA